AUGACAAGAGUAAAGAAACUCGUUCCUCGCCGUGGUUCCGACCCAAAUCUUCUUCCCCCUCAAAAGGUUACAAUCAAAAGACCAACUUCAUCGACUUCUUCACUUCAAUCGUCAACCAAAAAAGAAAAACAACAAGAUAUUGAAUCUCUUUCUUCUUCAGAUUCCGAAUCAAUGUCGUCCAUUUCAGAAGUAACCCUAACUGACCAAAUAUCAGGUCAACCUGAUUUAGACUCACCCUCACUCACCGUUGUCAAACCUUUAUCAGGAUCUCUACCAACUAACAUCCGUUCUUCCUCUUCGGGAAAAUCAAUCUCCAACCACUCAUCGCCUACUCCCCCUCAAGACCUUCCAUCUGUCUAA